AUGCUUAUAUUCUUCAGAUUAUUCUUCCUUGUAUUAACUUCUCACUCUUUCUAUACUCAAAUUCUGAUAAACCGCUCCUCUUCACUUCCAAUUUCUGAUAAGUACGCUUACGGCUUCUCUAUGCCACUUGCUGGUGGUCAGUCAGCUCCAGUGGCCGCAGUUAACUUCUACGCCAAGACGGAGGAGAUUAGAACCAGUUGGAUGAAUGCGGUUGCUGCAGCCUUGUACGUAUCUUACACACUUUCUUCUAUUUUCUGCAAUUUUUUUACCUUAUAA